GUGGCGCAUCGCAUGGUCUUUAAUUAUGGCCACCUCACUUGGGAAUGGGCACAUGGCUUAAGGAGCUAUUCAUACCCACUGAUCUUUGCAAGCAUUUACAAAGCUUUGCAGCUGGUGGCUAAGGAUGAUGUUCAGCUGCUGAUCUGGGUCCCUAGACUUGCACAGGCAGUGCUGGCCGCUUUUGCUGAUGUGAAGCUUUACUCACUAGUGCGACACCUUGAAAAUGCAGAGACAGCGAAGUGGGUGUACUUCUGCCAGCUGUGUUCCUGGUUUACAUGGUAUUCCUGUACCCGAACUCUAACAAACACCACGGAAACUCUUCUUACCAUUUUUGCACUUUCCUACUAUCCAAUAAAAGGUUCAAAGAUGGGGAGCAGCUGUAAGUAUUUAGCUUUAAUAGCACUUGCAAUUGUUAUUCGUCCUACUGCUGUUAUCCCAUGGAUACCCUUGGUCCUCAGUCAUUUUUUGCAAGAACAGAGGAAAGCUGACCUUGUCCUACACAGCUGCAUUCCAGUAGGAUUGGUCACAAUAGGAACCUCUUUAAUAAUUGACCGUGUGUUUUUUGGUGAGUGGGUGCUGGUUCAGCUGAAUUUCUUGAAAUUCAACGUGCUGCAAAAUUUUGGAACAUUUUAUGGAUCUCAUCCUUGGCACUGGUACUUCACUCAGGGACUACCAGUCAUCCUGGGUACCCAUCUGCCUUUCUUUAUUCAUGGCUGUGUGCUGGCACCAAAAAGGUAUCGCAUCUUUCUAAUGACAGUGAUUUGGACAGUCUUGGUGUACAGCAUGCUGAGCCACAAAGAAUUCAGGUUCAUCUAUCCAGUACUGCCAUUUUGCAUGUUUUUUUGUGGAUAUUCUUUGAAACACUUGAAAGCAUGGAAGAAAUCUGCAGCAAGUUUCCUGCUUUUAUCAAACUUAGUCCCAGCCCUGUAUGCAGGCUUGAUUCACCAGCGAGGCUCUCUUGAUGUUAUGAGUCACAUACAGCAACUCUGUAAUAACUCUUACCAGUCCCAAGCUUAUGUCUUCUUCAUGAUGCCGUGCCACUCUACUCCAUUUUACAGUCAUGUUCACUGUCCUUUAAAAAUGAGAUUCCUUCAGUGUCCCCCAGACCUAACUGGAAAUGAGAGCUACAUUGAUGAAGCAGAUGUAUUUUACUCUAAUCCACUUGGCUGGCUUAAUAAGGAGUUUUACAAUGAUACGUUAUUACCCAGUCACUUGAUCUUCUUCAGUGUGCUAGAACAGGAAAUAUCAUCGUUUCUAGCUUUAAGGGGCUACAAGAAAACAGCCACUGUCUUUCACACUCAUAUUCCUCAAGGACGAGUUGGAAGCCACAUCUACAUCUACAGGAAAAAUACUGAAGUGAAUCAUACCUGAAGAUCUGUUUCUAGACUUAAGACCUAAUGAGAUCAGUUUUGUGUAGCAGGACUAUGCUUAGAAGAUCUUGUACUGCAGAAAGGAGAGUGUAGUGAGUCUGAAACCGGGUAAGUCAAAUGGGGAAGUCUG